CUUUUUGCGCUUUUUGCACCUUGUCGUAUGCCGCAUUCAAAUUUUGGAUACGACACUGACCUGGCUCGAGGGCUCAACAUUCAACUUACGAAAGAUCAAAAAGGCGCCAGCUCCCAGCAAAAAAGAAUUUAUUCAAAUUCGGCUGUAUUCAUUUUACUUCGUUUGUCAGUAGCAGUUAUGGACGAUACUGUAUGCUACAUCAAACCAGAAUUUUUGGUACCACGUCUUCCAGAGGAAAAGGCAGAAGAUCCUGGACAGGAUCCAUCACCGGCAGAUAGUAAGGAAGAACCUCCAGCCAAAAAGGGACGUUUUGACAAGAAGAAAAAGAAUCGGGGACAAAAUAAAAAACGCGAUCUACCGUUCAAGGAAGCGGAUGAUGCUCGGCUGUGCAAAACCCUGCUGGAUGGAAAGCAUGCCAGUGAGAAAUGUGCCAACCCACGGUGCCGGUUCUCCCAUGACGUAGAACGAUUCCUUCAAUUAAAACCGAAGGACAUUGGCGACAGUUGUUAUAUUUAUUCAUUGAAGGGUUAUUGCAAUUUUGGAAUAACCUGCAGAUAUGGCGGUGCUCAUCUGGAUGAAGAGUUGAACAACAAAAUCGACGAAGGAGUUAAAAGAGGGGACCACAACUUGGUCAGUAUGUGCCUCGGAUUCGAUCUGCAAAACCAACUGAGAAAGAGGACGUACAACUAUAGCAAAGCUAAUAAAAUUAUUGCUAAGUUUGAGCAACUUCAGAAGGGAGCUAAAGAUGAGGUGGAUGUAUUGAAUGGCGAUACUCCAAAAGCUAAGCCAAUUGGUUCCUGCACUGAUGAGGAUGUUAUCAAGUUGCGCAGUGUAGAGCGCCGGAAGAUUAAUUUUAGAGACAAACUUUACCUUAGCCCAUUGACGACGGUAGGCAAUCUUCCUUUCAGAAGAAUAUGUAAGGAGUAUGGUGUGGACAUUACUUGCGGGGAAAUGGCCUGCUCAGUGCCACUAAUUAACGGUAUGAUGCAGGAAUGGGCUCUGACGAAGCGGCAUCCAUCGGAAGAUUUGUUUGGGGUGCAAAUUUGUGGCCACAAUCAGAAACUAGUAUCGUAUGCGACGCAGGUGAUAGCCGAGAAUGCGGAGGUGGAUUUUGUUGAUUUGAACCUUGGUUGUCCAAUUGAUUUGAUCUUCAAUCAGGGGGGAGGAAGUGCUCUCCUACGGAGGCGUAACAUUCUUGAAGUAAUGGUGCAGAGUUGUUCCAGAAUAUUGCUCGACUACGAUAAAGAGUUCACGGUGAAGACACGAAUGGGUAUCUAUGCCAACAAAUACGUUGCGCAUGAGUUGAUUCCACAGUUUGAAGAAUGGGGUGCCAGUCUGGUGACCAUUCACGGGAGAACCAAAGAGCAACGAUAUACCAAGAAAGCGGAUUGGGAUUACAUCCGUCAGUGUGCCCAACAGGCAAAGAGCAUCCCGAUUUACGGAAAUGGGGAUAUUUUCUGCUAUCAAGACUAUCUGGAAGCUAAAGAACGCGCCCCGGAAUUGGCUGGUGUGAUGAUUGGAAGGGGAGCAUUAAUUAAGCCGUGGGUGUUCCAAGAAAUCAAGGAGCAUAAAAAUCUGGAUCCUUCCAGCAAUGAACGCAUGGAUAUGUUGAAACGCUAUGUUAACUAUGGUUUGGAACACUGGGGUAGCGAUACCAAAGGCGUCGAAAAUACCAGGAGAUUUUUGCUUGAAUGGCAAUCGUUUCUGUAUCGUUAUGUUCCUUCCGGGCUGCUGGAGAGGCCACCACAAAAGAUAAACCAACGACCUGAAACGUUCCGUGGACGGGACGAUCUGGAAACGUUGAUGGCUUCCCCAAACUGUUCCGAUUGGGUGAAGCUGAGUGAAAUGCUGCUUGGUCCGGUUCCAGAGGAUUUCAAGUUUGUACCAAAACAUAAGGCGAAUUCAUACUGAUGACUCCAUGCAGAUUUACUGAAUGCCGAAAAAUACCUACAAGCUUUUGACGUGGACCAAGCCAACGUCGAUUAUGACUUAAGUGAGCAUUAUAUUCGUAUUGUUAUAUGGUUAACAAUAAGGCCGUUAUAAAUAUUUAA